GCCAUUCCUCUUUUUCUAAUUCUGCAGUCAUCGUUUUGUUCUUGUACUGUAUUUAGUCGUUGGCUUUUCUUCUAGAUCCAGUCUCACACCAUGCGUCGUGUGGCCAACACCUCGCGAGCCACAGGCGCACGAUGCCAGGGUGCCAAACUCGUCGCCCGGCCCUGCGCCCGCCGGGCCGCAGUGCAUGUGAUAUGUGCGACGGGUCCUGUGCCCGAUAAGUCGGUUGUGGUGAUAGGAGGCACUGGUCGCGUGGGCUCAUCCACUGCGGCCACUCUGCUCAAGGAAUUCCCCAACCUGAAGGUGACGGUGGCCAGCCGCAGCGAUGAUUCAUUCAAGGCAGCAGUCGAGAGGCGGCCUGAGCUAUCCAAAGCGGGCUUUCAGCGCGUGGACAUCACCAACGCUGACUCGGUGCAGGCGCUGCUCAAGUCCACGGGCGCGGACCUGGUCAUCCACACCGCCGGCCCCUUCCAGCGCUCUAAGAACUAUGCGGUGCUGGAGGCGGCCAUUGCUUCCGGCACUGGCUACAUCGACGUGUGCGAUGACACGCCCUUUGCCGAGGGUGCCAAGGCUGCCUAUAUGGAGAAGGCCAAGGCCGCGGGCGUGCCCGCCAUCGUGUCGGGCGGCAUCUACCCUGGCACCUCCAACGUCAUGGCCGCGCACAUCAUCUCCAUCGCCCGCGCCGAGUACGAUGACAACUGGAACUACCGCACACCCGCACCAGGUGAGAGUGUGGAGCCCAAGUGGCUGCGCUACAGCUACUACACGGCGGGCAGCGGCGGCGCCGGCCCCACCAUUCUGGAGACCAGCUUCCUGCUGGCCGGUGAGGACGUGAUCGUGUACAAGGACAACAAGGAGGUGGUGCUGCCGCCCAUCAGCAACCGGAGAGAGGUGGACUUCGGGCCUGGCGUGGGCCGCAAGGGCGUGUACCUGUACAACCUGCCCGAGGUGGUCAGCGGCCACAAGUACAUGCGCGUGCCGGACGUGUCGGCGCGCUUCGGCACCGACCCCUUCAUCUGGAACUGGGCUAUGUGGCUCACGGCGCGCCUGGUGCCGCGCAGCCUGCUGAACGACCGCAACUUCGUCAAGGGCUUCGCCAAGCUGUCCGACCCCUUCGUCCGCAACGUGGACAAGAUUAUCGGCGAGGCUGUGGCUAUGCGUGUGGAGGUGGACAUGGUGGGCGGCAAGAACAGCAGCGGCAUCUUCGUGCACAAGUACCUGUCGCAGUCCAUGGGCUACAGCACGGCCGCCUUCGCGCAGUCGGUGCUGCAGGGCAAGACACAGCCGGGCGUGUGGUACCCCGAGGAGAAGGAGGCGCUGCAGGACCGUCGGCAAUUCCUGCAGUUCGCGGCCACUGGCUGCUCCCGCUUCGAGCUGAACAGGUCGGCGUGGGCUCUGGAGAGUGAGAUCAAGCAGAUCGGUGGCAUGAUCUACUGGUAGAGCCGUACAGCCGUAGAGGCCGGUAAGGCAGCCUGAGUAGCUAUCGAGAAGCUGCCGGGCUGGACUUGGUGCGGGCUUUGGGGUUACGGUAAGAGCGGGCUAGACAUGUGUCUGACUGACGCCGCGUAGGCUUCAUAGCAAGGUGCCCCCUUAAUCCGGGUCUAGAUGACUGCGUGGGCGGGCGGGUUUAGAUGUAUUUGGGCAAAGAUGGCAGUCGUAGGCACAUUGACCUGAGUGGAAGCCUGGUUUCGGACAUCGCAGCGGCAUUCUUGUCUUGCACGGUAGUUUCAAGUCGGCUGGUUGCAGCUGUGGCGGGCGGCUGCCUGGGUUACGCAUGUUGUAUUCGGAUAUCUCGGACCCAAGUAGGGUAAGGUAACAUCCAACUGCAUUUGCAAACCGCGCGCACGCGAGUGCACGUGCAUAAGCGGACGGGCGGGCGGCUGCCUGGGUUACGCAUAUUGUAUUCGGAUACUUCGGACCUGAGUGGGGUAAGGUAACAUCGAACUGA